AUGACGGAUACCUUGAUGGACGGUGGGUUGUUACAUCCGGGUUCCAAAUCAGUCCUGAAUCCUCAACUGAACCUUUUCACCGUUCCACCCACUGAUCUCAGCAUGUCCAGUUAUCGCAUCGUACCCAUUCAGACCUACACGACAGGCAUCAACCCCGUGGAAUUUCAAGUGGAUCCUCAAGAAGAUUACCUGGACCUCAAUCGAAGUUUCUUUGAGAUUGAGUUGGCACUUAAACUGGCGAGUGGUGAUAACGUUGUGGAGGCCACGAGGCUCUGGCCCACGAACAAUUUGGCCCACACUUUGUUCAAACAGAUCAGUGUGAGACUCAAUGGUACCUUGAUCAGUCCUAAAACCGACACCUAUCAUUACAAAGCAUACCUGGAAACAUUACUCAACUACAACAGAGAUGAUGGAGAAACCGUGCUAAAACCUCAAGGUUGGUACAAUGCCCUGGACUUUCCAACGCCACUGACUGUGAACAACACAAACACGGAAGGAGAUGGACAUGCAGCUUUCCAAGCAUUGUCCUCCAACCAACAAGCUUCAGUGCAACUCAUGAAAGCAGAACAAGGCAAUUACACGGAUGGAAAACGACACGUGCUAAGGUUCACACCCCACAUCGAGGUAUUCCACUUGAACAAAUUAAUGGUACCUGGCGUGCAGAUUGGAAUCCAGAUGUACUUCAGGUCUCCCAAUUUGUUCUUGAAUGGUGUGAAUGUAGCUGGCAGACUGACGCACGAAGAGGUCAAAGUGAGAAUGUACCUGUGUCAAGUAAGGCUCAACCCCAGCGUCUACCGAGAGUUGAUGACGAAAAUGAACAUCAACAGAACCAUAGUGGCUAACCCGACAAUAAGAAGGAAAAAAAGGACCUUCAACAUGCAGGGAACCAGCAAAGAUACGAGUGCAACAAUUUAUUUCAAGGCCGAAUUCCUAACAGUCAUCGUUGGACUCGUGCUUUCAGAGGCCUUCAAUGGUAAUGUGACAGGUGACCCAUUCUGUUUUCAAAAGUUUGGCGUGAGUAACAUCAGGCAACUGGUGAGAGGAGAAGAAUACCCUUACGAGACCCUGGAACUAGUGCACAACGACGGUACCCGAGAUCUGAGAGGUUACUAUCGGUUCUUACAAGCUACAGGAUGUUUGUGCAAACAUCAAGGAAAUAUGGUCAGAAGAGAAGACUGGGGUCAAGGUAAGAAUUGCACACUGUUUGUAUUUGACAAUGCAGCCAACGGAUGUUUAGACAGUGCGGUGUUGAACACCAAGCAGUCAGGAGAGUUACAGAUCGUGAUGAACUUCGGUGUACCACCAGGUAACAACUUCAUGGUCAUCUUGUACGGAGAGUUUGAGAACCUCUUGGAAAUAGACAAGAACAAAGCCGUGUUGUACGACAUUUACCAACGCUGA